UGCGGCCUGCAGGGGAGCCGGCUCUGCCUCUGUUGCUGCUGAUGCUGUUCCUGUGAUUGAGCUGCUGCUGCUGCUACUACUGGACUGAAACUGCUGAGGAUUUUCUAUCAGCUGCUACACUUGGCUAUAAGGGACCUACUUCUUUCAGGACAAGGGUGCAAACAGCCUGGAAAAAAAAUUAAACAGGGGGAAAAGGAGUCAAAUGAUGCAACAAGAGGAUGAGAGAAUGACCCCUGGGGCAGCUUGGAUGUAAGGUGAUGUCCCUCCUCCACAGCAUACUGCAAACUGAGCUAUCACAAAAGUGAAGAAGACUUGCCGGGCGCCAUCGAGAUAUAACUCUCUGCGGAGGAGAUAUGUGCUCACUUCCCCAGAGUCUCAGCAGCGUCGUGUGACAUCACCAUGACCGAGAGGAGAAAGUAGGACGCACAGGACCAGUCUGCUCGCUGCUGCACAUCACAGGGAACAAUGAUGCAUUAUGGGGAAUCUCUCGGAAGGCAGGCGUGACAUGUAUGACUCGGGUUGUUGCAUCUGAAGGGCUGAGCAAUUCUGCGGGAGAAGAUUCCUGGAUGAGACUGGCUGAGAUACCGGAUCUGUGUGAAGAGUCCUGAGGAUUUAAUAGGAUGUCAACGGAGACAGAACUUCAAGUGGCUGUUAAAACCAGCGCAAAGAAGGAAUCGAAAAAGAAAGGUCAAGACCGCAGUGAAGCCACUUUGAUAAAAAGGUUUAAAGGGGACGGUGUUCGGUACAAGGCGAAACUAAUUGGAAUUGACGAGGUUUCGGCCGCCAGAGGAGACAAGUUAUGCCAGGAUUCCAUGAUGAAACUCAAGGGUAUUGUGGCCGGAGCGCGAUCAAAGGGCGAACACAAACAAAAAGUCUUUUUAACAGUCUCGUUCGGAGGAAUCAAAAUCUUCGAUGAAAAGACCGGUAUUCUUCACCAUCAUCAUGCGGUACAUGAAAUCUCUUACAUUGCGAAGGACAUCACGGACCAUCGGGCAUUUGGAUAUGUGUGUGGCAAGGAAGGAAACCACAGAUUUGUGGCCAUAAAAACCGCUCAGGCAGCAGAGCCAGUCAUUUUAGAUUUGCGAGAUCUGUUCCAGCUUAUCUAUGAACUGAAGCAGAGAGAAGAAAUGGAGAAGAAAGCACAAAAAGAUAAACAGUGCGAACAGGCAGUAUAUCAGACAAUUUUGGAAGAAGAUGUAGAAGAUCCCGUUUACCAGUACAUAGUGUUUGAAGCGGGCCACGAGUCCAUACGUGAUCCAGACAGUGAAGAAAGCAUAUACCAGGUUCCUACCAGCCAUAAGAAAGAAGGUGUCUAUGACGUGCCAAAAAAUCAGCCGAUAAGUAACGGAGACUUAAUAUCAUUUGAUGAAAAUCUUUCUGAUGUCAUCGAGGCUGUUACCCAAUUAGCACUAUUUGGGGAUAUGUCAACUCCGCCCGAUAUUACGUCACCCUCUACCCCAGCGACUCCAGGUGAUGCCUUUAUGAAAUACCCCACCCAGCUGCACCCAGCAGUUGCUCCCAUGUUUGGAACCCUUUCUUACAAUCCCGUUGCACUGCCAUCAGGCUAUGUUGCAAUGGGAGCUGUCCAGCCUUCAUUCUGGGGACAACAACCAUUAAUACAACCGCAGAUGGUCCUGGGAGGCCAGCCUCCAGUUGCUCAGGUUCUGCAGGGAAGCCAAACGAUAACAUGGGCUCAGCCGGGCCUUUACCCCACCGCUCAGCAACAGCCAUGGCCCACCCUGCCUGGCCAGUUCCCACCUACUGCCUUCAUGCCAACACAAACUGUAUUGCCUUUUCAAGCAGCCAUGUUUCAAGGUACCACCGCUCCUGUAGCCGCUGUCCCACCAACCAGUGACUCCAUGCGAUCAAGCCCGCUCCGGCCGGACCAGAAAGUUACGAAAGAGAUGUUUAAGGAUUUUCAGAUGGUAAAUCCCCCGCCUGUGCCAUCACGACACCCAGACCAGCCUUCCCUCUCAUAUACCUCAGAUGCCUUCUCAAGCUAUUUUGACAAAGUUGGGUUGGCGCAGGAUACAGACGACUGUGACGACUUUGACAUCUCACAAUUAAAUUUGACGCCUAUGACUUCCACUUCGCCAUCUACUAAUUCACCGCCAACUCCAGCCCCGAGGCAAAGCUCCCCAUCAAAGUCUUCUGCGUCUCACACAAGCGAUCCCAACGCGGACGACAUCUUUGAAGAAGGUUUUGAAAGUCCCAGUAAAAGUGUAGAACAAGAUGCACCUGAUGCAUCUCAGGCGUCAGCCUGCACUGAUCUAGGUGAGCCCAGUGGCGAUUCUAUAAGCCCACAGGUCGGUAGCUAGAUAGCGCCGAUUCGGAUGAGAUCAGAAGAUCCGAUCUAUGCUCAGAUCAAAAGACCUAAGAAAUAGCGCUAACGAGCUCGCAGUGCUCCAAGACUUGACCGAAUGGACCGGCUGGUUACACCGAAACGGCAGCAUUCUCUCUACUGUCCACCACAAUGGGUUUCCCUGGUGAACCGAUGAAAAGCGAAUAUUGGCGGAGACAGCACAAAGAGAGGGGGGAAAACACACACAAGCUCUAACAUUAUUAACCUUGAAAGCUUUGCAAAGAAAGUUCAUUUUAGACUUGUACACGAUCGCUAUUUUUGAUCAUUGUUUUUUUGUUUUCCUCCUUUUCUGAAGGACGAUACGUUUAAUAUUUUACUACGAUUUUCACUUUUUUUUUCUUUUUACAUUUUCCUCUUUUUUAUAAAUGAACAGGAAACUCCAGGUUACACUGUUUUCUCUGUGUCUGUGUUUUCGUAUGGACUUAUAAUAAGACGUCAUCACGGAAAAGACAUUUAUCUCUAUAUUUACCAAGCCCUGGCAUUCGCCUUUUUCUUUCAAGGGACGGGGUGGGGUGACACAUUCAGGAGCCUGGGUACUAUAGAAAAUUCAUUGAUAUUGUUUUUUUAAAUUUUUUUUUUAAAAUAACAUUGCUUCUGUGGCUUUUGCCAAUGGGGGUGGAAGAACUUUAAACAUUCUGGGUCUAGAGGGCUGUAGACCACUUUCUAUACAGCGUAUCGGAUAACGGACGAUACAAUGACCAGAUUGUUAAUAACGAGGAAACGUUGUCACUAAAGACUGGGGAGGUAUUUUUCCUCCAUAUGUAUCUUGCUGCUGUACAGCUAUGCAGACAAGUCACAACUUCUACGCGUGCCAUUUUUGAAAGACAUGUCAUUUGCCCAAUAACUCUGGAAUAAUUCCAAAUUUGAAUUUGGAUUUAAAAAAAAAAAAUAUCUGACUUUGUCCUGGGACAUAGAGGCAUGAAUUUGUUAUAUAUAUAAAUAUAUAUAAAAAAAGAAAAAAAAUCUGUGAU